AUGUCGAAGUACCUGAAACCGACCCUGAUUGCGAGUGUCGUCGCGUCCGUCCUGCUGGCGGCGGGAAUUGCCUGCGGAGGAGCGGAGACGCCCCAACCUACGGAAGAGGCUGCCCCGGCAGCCGCAGCCACUGAGGCCACCACGGCUUCGGCUGCCACCGCGGCGGCCGCCCCCACGUCUACGCCGCCGCCGGAAGCCACGGUUCGACCCACCAACACGCCGGCGCCGACCGCAGUGGCCCGCACGGCGGCCACGCCCGUACCCAGCGGCCCGGCAAAGCACGGCGGCACCGUCAAUAUGUCCGCCUACGCCGACACGAAAGACUGGGAUCCCCUGGGUUCUGCCUCGUUGUCCAGCGUCAUUUCCUACUCCCAACUGUAUAACCAACUGUUGCAGUUCGACACCGCGGACACCGACGAAGUGGUUGGUGACCUGGCCGAGAGCUGGGAGAUCAGCCCUGACGGCACUACGUACACCUUCAACCUGAUCGCCGGCGUGCAGUGGAAUGACGGAAUGCCGCUAACCGCGCAUGACGUGCUGCACACAAUGUUGCGUUACGGCAACCCCUGCAACAGCACCGGGCGCUCCGGUCUGUGGCGCAGCUACGUGGUCCCCCUGGAGGUGGCCGACCGGGAGGGUCGAGACUGCACCCCGACCGACCCCGACGCAUCAGUGCGUGCGGUCGACGACCAAACCAUUGAGUUCAACCUGGCGUUCGCCUCCGGCGCUUUCGUCAAGUUCCUCGCCAUCGAUUACGCCAUCAACAUCAUUGAGCACAACUCCGGCUCCGGCCCGUUCAUCCUUGAAGACUAUCAAUCCGGCAACCACUACAAGGUCAACCGAAACCCAAACUACUUCAAGGAAGGUCUGCCUUAUUUUGACCGGAUUGAGCACUACAUAAUCACGACUCCGGCCACGCUUCUGGCCCAAAUCGACGGCGGGCAGAUUGAUAUGGCGAACUCUCCGGGUUCGAACCUGACGGCUCCCGAAGUGUACGAACUGGAGCAGCGCACCAAUAGCCAAUACGUGGGCCACGACGUGUUCGGCGGCGCAACCCGCGGCUUUAUGCUCAACAUCAAGCGGGAACCCUUCAGCGACCACCGCGUCCGCCAGGCCAUCAACCUCGCCAUUGACCGGCAGAAGCACAACGCCCGAGGUCUGCACGGCGCUGGACGGGGGCACUGCCCCCUGGUCGGCAUGGCCAAUACGCUGGAAGAAUGCGUUACUUGGCCCGGCAUGCGCCCCAAAGACACGCCCGGCGGCCAGGAAGACAUUGCCAGAGCGCGCGAAUUGUUGGCCGAGGCUGGCUAUCCCGACGGGUUUGAAGCGCAGUACACCGUCCGUCAGGUGGGCACCUAUGUGGACGAAUGUUCCGUAAUCAAGCAGGACCUGGAAGAGCAUCUGGGUAUCACCGGAAGCAUCGAAACUUUGCCCAGCGCCGCGGGCUACGCCAAAUACGGCACCGCGCGCCCGGCAGACGCCACCGGCGACUGGGAAAUCAGUUGCCAGGCCGAUGGCAUGGUGGUGUUGGACCCUGAUGCAAUUUACGGCGGCAUCUUCCUCAAGGGAGGCACCCGCAAUUACACCGAUUGGGAAGCGCCGGAAGUCAAUGCCUGGUAUGAAGCUCAGAAAGUUGAACUGGACCCGGAAAAGCGACGGGAAAUCAACAAGGUAGCCGAGCUUUGGCUACACGAAUUCUCGAACAAUCACUGGGUGAGCCUCACCCUGGGCAAAAGCUUCUGGAUCAUGAACCACGAUAUCAAAGGCUUCUCUGCUCCCCAGACUAUCCAGUACGGCUUCAAACAGGAGCACCUGUGGCUGGACCGCUAG